AUGUCGAGACGCUUUCUGUGUGACUUAAAGGUGACGGAGUUGCGCAACGAACUAGAGAAGCGUGGUGUCGACAAGAGCGGCAUAAAACCGGUUUUGAUGGAAAGACUACGAGAGGUAUCAUCGCAUAAUCUUGUGUACUUUCAGAUUAUUUUAAAAGAGGGCUACGAUCCAACGACCUUUAUUUUUAAGAAAUCCAAUACCUCAGGAAUGGGUCAACCUGAUGACGCUCCAGCUGUUAAGGUGGAAGUCUCCGACGGCGAGGCUGUAGUCGUGGAGUUGGAUAAUUUAGGACGACCUGAGUCCCACUUAACAUCUGUAUCGGAAGGCUCGAUUGGCGCCGCAGAUGCGUCCGAAAUUGAAGACAAACCAAAGGAAGACACAAAUGAGCAAUCGGAAGAUGCAACCACUUUUGUGGUGAGAGUCGGUGAAACUGAAGACGAUCUUGACUAUGACAUUAAGGAUGCGUUGGCUUCUGCCGAAGACCAUAAAGUGGAAUCCAGUACAUCUCCCACUGCUAAAAAUAUGGACAGCGAAGCUAGCACCACCUCAAAACAGAUAUACCCGGAAAAGCAACUGGGUAAAUCACAGUCAACAAAAGCUUCAACCACACCUGAGCAAGCCUAUCUACGCGUGAGCAAUUUGAAAAUGCCUACAAAGGCCGUUGAUUUAAAGCAAUUUUUCAGCCCUCACGGUAGGGUCAUUUCAGCCAAGAUUUUGGCGAGUACACGCGCGCCUGGUGGAUGUGUUGGCUUCUUGAAAAUGGCUUCUGUAGAUGACGCUGCCGUCUGCAUUAAAAAGUUAGACGGAACUGAAUUUAAUGGCAAAAUUAUAAAAAUUGAAGCCACCGACAAGGUUCCAUCUUCCGUGUCAAAAUCACCCAAGAGCGAACCGUUGUCUGGCCUUGACAAAAACAAGUCGGUUGGGACACCAACUUCUUCAAAAUCGAGACGUCUUCGCGAAGACGUAGGUAUGUAUGCCUUGUGCGGUAGUAGAGCUAUCGUCAGCUCACGUCCGAUUGAGUCCACUGGUGGUGUAGGCUCUGUCUCGCCGAACGAGCAUCUUCAUCGACGCAAUGCCCGAAAUAUUUUGGGGCGAUAUCGGAAAUCUGCCCUCAUCAAUUCCCAUCUCACACGCACCCUUCGAAGAGCUCAAAAUUUCAUGCAUCCUGUUGGAGGCAGCGCGGCAGUCUCUACACGAUCGUUUCGAUUCCGACAGAGUCGUCAUCGGGUUUCUGAUGAAGCUGAGGCUCCUGGUAUUAAUCCAAAAAGAUCCCGUUUCAAAAUACCUUAUCCGAGAGAUCACAACUACGAAAGCUUACCGACUUUUACGCAGUACGAGUCAUCGAGAAUCCGCUGCGAUGAGCGUUCUGGUCGAGAAGCAUCCCGUGAUCAUCGCUAUAGAGGAACGAGAGAAUCCUACCCCGUUCGGACAUCCAGAGAUGAUUCGUACUCUGCCUACCCUACGGACGCGUAUUAUCGGCGUGGCUCACGUUUUGUCUCGCCCCAGGAUGAGAUGCCGUCUCGACACUACGUCAAACCCGUGGUUUACAGACAUCCCUCACCUGAUAGAUUUGAUGCUUCUCUGAGCUACGUGGGAGAUGGUGGUGGUGGUUCUUUGUAUCGGCACCGAGUGCGCUACAAUCGCUACGUCAUUAGUAGUGAUGGCAACGAUAGCACCCGACCUCGUUCUUUUGAUGUGAACUAUAGGCAACAGUCCCAGGCGCGUGGUAACCAGUGCAGAUCCUACCAAAACAGAGGCAGAAUCAAGAAAGACGAUCAUCUUUUGCGACCAAGUAGACAUUCAAAUGAACGAGAAUCUAACUGGCAAGUCGAAUUUACACCUAACUGUUUCUGUGUUGGAGAAAGAAAAUUGUCAAGGAGCCCUGUAAUGAAGGCUCCUGAUCCUUCAACGUCUCACAGACAUCACUCAAGGGACAGGUCACGGUCACCACCAACUCGAUCAAGCGGAGUGAAUAGGUCUCGGUCGCCAAUGCCGUUACCUCCACCUGUUCGUUACACACGUCGAGCUUCCCCUCCCUCAUUGCCAUCCCACAAGCGCCGCCUCAGUUAUGAAACUUCAUCUACCAACGUCUAUUCCAGGCAUUCGAAUGGUGGUGGUAGUCAUCAAAGUUAUUCACAAGCAUCCGGUCCCUCCAGGAACUCACAGAAGGUUUCCCAUGUCAUUGACUACGGACAUCGAUCCAGCACUACUAAGUCCAUUCCUAGUUGGCAAUCUUCGUCGCGGUCGCACAACCUCGAAGCUGUCACUUUCUCCAAUGAUAGUGUUGGCGGCAGCAGUAGAGGAAGCGGCAACCUAUACCCCUCCAUCCAGUGGCGUUCUUCUGGAUACGGCUCACGACAGCAAACACGCUACUGA